UGCUCAGACAGACCGUAAGAUCAGAUCAAACCAACUCAACCUCCUCUACCUCCUACCCCUCUCUCUCUCUCUCUCUUCUAGAACGAACAACCCAAUGCCGCUCCACCACCCCAAGCACCGCCACCGCGACGACAACCUCCUCCCCUACCGCCGCGACGACGACGAGGCCAAGCCGCGCCGCCCCUACACCCCUACCGCGGCUCCGACGACGAGGCCAAGCCCCUCCUCCGCCAACACCUCCGCCUCCGCCCACCGCCUCCUCCUCCUCUUCGCCGCCGCCUGCUUCCUCCUCGCCGCCGCCUCCCUCGCCUUCGCGGUAUCCGCCCGCCGCCGCCCGCCCCCGCCGCAGCCGCCCCCUAUCGCCUUCCGCUGCGGCCGCGCCGAGGAUUCGCUCCGCUCGUUCCUUGCCUCCUCCUCGCACCGCAACUACUCCACGGGCGACAGGGAGAAAGUGCUCGCCGUCGUUGGCGUCCACACGGAGGUCGGAUCCGCCGCCCGCCGGGCCGCGCUCCGCGCCACCUGGUUCCCGCCCAACCCCGAAGGCAUCGUAAGUUUGGAACAUGGCACUGGUUUAUCUUUUAGGUUUGUCAUUGGACAGCCAAAGGACAAAGAAAAAAUGGAAGAUCUUCGGAAGGAGGCGGAAUUAUAUCAUGACUUCUUGUUUAUUGAUGCCGAGGAGGAUACAAAGCCCCCACAGAGGAUGUUAGCAUUUUUCAAAGCAGCUUAUCACAUGUUUGACGCAGAAUUCUAUGUCAAAGCUGAUGAUGAUAUCUAUCUGCGCCCAGAUAGACUCGCUGCUCUUCUUGCAAAAGACAGACCUGAGCACCGGACUUACGUUGGUUGCAUGAAGAAGGGACCAGUUGUCAAUGAUCCAAAUAUGAAAUGGUACGAAAGUUCAUGGGAGUUGUUAGGUAACGAGUACUUCAUGCAUGCAUCUGGUUCACUAUAUGCUCUUUCUUCUGAGGUUGUUGGAGCUAUAUCUACUGCAACGAAUGAUAGCUUAAGGAUGUUUGAUUAUGAAGAUGUUACGAUUGGCGCAUGGAUGCUUGCCUUGAAUGUAAAGCAUGAGAACAACCAUGCAAUGUGUGAUUCUACAUGCACUCCUACCUCCAUUGCUGUAUGGGACCGUAAAAAAUGUUCAGGUUCUUGUAACAUAGCUGACAAAAUAAAGGAGCUUCACAACACCACUUUGUGCUCAAAAAGCCCAACAUUGCCGCCUGAGGUUGAGGAAGAAGAGUAGUAUCUUGUGCAUUUCUGGCCCUUAGAAGGGACCCUUACUACGGUGAUGCUGAAUGCUUGCCAGUUGGAACAUCGGAUUCUUCGUCAACAGCAUUUUUUUCAUACUACCGUUAGUGGCCUUCUCCGGCAGUGAUCUUCCUGCACUACCUUCUUGUCGCUGGCGAGUUCCUGGAGAAGCAUCGAUACCAUCACACGACACGUAGUAUUUGAGUGUAUACCCCUGAUCGAGCUACGUAAACAACAAACGACGAAUGUAGGUUCAGAUGAAGUGAUAUACUUUUCAGUAACUGAUGAGGGCAUUUCUCCCAUCCUGUUGGCUGUCCCGCCAAGGAGCGAAUUGCACUCAGACAUUCUUCGCUCAAUUCAUGUUCAUUGAUGUAUGUAUGUACACAAGCUUGUGAUUGUUGGUAGCACUUGGAUCUUUCUCUGCUUAUACCAUCCUGGCCCCCAUUUUAUGGUAGCUCAUGUUAGGUUUGGGAUGAAAAUGUUGCAGGCUUAUGCCUUUGUAUGUAUGUACUUUCGAGGCCCUGUGGUAUCCAACUGUUACGUGUCUACUUCAACAGUUGAACCACCUCCCGUCGUUGUGGUCAUCA